AUGACCGUCAAAUUCAUGGAGUAUCUCAGUGCUGGGAUUUCGGUAGAUAAAUUUGACCCUUUGAAGAUCAAAUAUUACCGACUGAAGCUUGCAAUUGAGGGGUAUGCUAGCACCAUCCUGCGUAAGAAUGGUCAAUUAUCUGAAUUGAUCAGUGAACUUCAGCCUUUGUUCAAUGGAACCGGAGAACAAUCAGAAGGUGACUUUUAUGCGAUCGCAUCACAGGUGCGCCGACUGGCAGCUGUGGUCCGGCAACUAGACUCGUCACUACAGAGAGCCGUCCUGAAGGGGAAUGAUAGCCAAAUUGCAAGGUUUGACAUCACUAAUAAUGCCAACAGCUACCUUGGGGGCAUUGGGUUAUGGUUACAUGUGGUGGAAGAUCUUGUGUAUGUGACAAGCGUAGUAUGA